GCAGUGCUGAAUCAGCACCUAUGCAGGCCUCACUGAAGACCUGCUCACUCGAUGAGCUCAAAAAGGAGCCAUGGCGACUGCAGAUCCAGGCAGACAACACGGCCGAGCAGCUGCGCAAUCUCGUGCUCAAGAAUUACCACGUCUUCAUCCAGAGCAACCAGUGCGCUGCCAUCGUCAAGGAUGACCUAGCGGAGCUCAAGGAGGAGACUACCAAGGUUGAAGAGGCAAUCCCAGAGCUUCAGUUAUUUUGCACCGAGUUUCAGAAGGAGGUGGCGGACGUUGUCGCCAAGCACGGCGACAUCCAGUUUGUCUUCGAGCAUUAUUUGCAGUUAACGGAGCUACUGGAGAUCCCGCAACUGCUAGACGCAUGCAUCCACAACGAGCUGUUCGACUCGGCUCUGGACGUGAUUCAGUUCGCCAACGAGACAUUCCAAGCCGAUGAGAGUGCUGAGACUUCGCGCAAUGUCGUUAUUGACUGUUUGGUGCGUGAGGUGGCCGAGAUGACCGGUACCAUGCGCGAGAAGCUGCUGCAGAAGCUGCGUGAGGACCUGCAGUUGGCGCUGUGUGUUCGGAUCGUUGGGUAUCUCCGACGUCUUGACGCUCUGGUUGGAGUAGCAGCUGUGGGCUCAUUGGAGUACGAGAAGCAGCUGAAGGAGGAGUUUCUUACGUGCCGAAAUGUGUGGUUAUCGUCCUUGAGUCGAGGCAUUUCGUCGUCCGACCCGUAUCAAUAUAUCAUCCAAGUCAUCGACAUUAAGCGGACGAGCUGGUUCGACAUGAUCACUCAGUACUCCGCGAUCUUCGGCAGCGAGAAUGUUGAUGGCAAGGUGGAUCCUCCGCUAUGUCGCUGGGCUACAGCGACAGUCGCCAACUUUAUCCAGAUCCUUAUGAAGCAACUGCCGAAGAUCGAUGACUUCAGCUCGAUUGCGACAAUUCUUGAGCAGAGUUUGUUCUUUGGAGGGUCAUUGGGUCGUGUCGGUGUGGACUUCCGAGCUGUACUGGUCGUGUAUUUCGAAGACCACGUACUAAACCUCAUGACAGAAUACUGGCGGUCCGCUUGUCGCGAGUUCCAGGAGAACCUCAAGGCGCAUUCCUCGGUAGCGUCUUCAUUCUCGGCAUCGUCUAAGACUCCAAUCGUCAUUGCAUCGUACCGUUCUAAUGGCAGUGGCUCCAACUUCCGUUUCGUCUCCCGUUCAACAGCGAACGCUUCCAACGGGGAAGACUACUCGCCGCCACGGUGUCUGAUGUCGUUCCCUUUGCUGGCGGAGUUUACCAACGCACUACUCUCGUCGCUGAACGAAUUGCGACUGUGUACCAUCUCGUCGUUGCAGAAUCGAUUGGGCAAAAAGUAUCAGAGCGCGAUCGGCACCAUGUUGCUCACCAUCGCCGAGUUUAUUGAGGAGAACGGGCUGGAUCUGCAUGCCCUAACUGGAGAAAGUAAUGGCGGAGGUACAAAUACGACUUCGAGGAAUGCAAGGGCAGCUGCACUUACAGACGCCGUUCGAGCGAUGAAUGAGGUUAUUCGAGCUGAGCUUGUGCCGUAUUUGAUCAAAUGCUUCCAUCGCUUGUUCCCCGUGCCAUCGGCUGCUGCACUCAGUGCCGCAAACGCUGUGGCGAAAGAAAUUGAAGGCUUUGAUGAAAUCAUGCGCGAAGCAGGUCUGCUGAUUUCUUUGCCGUCUGACGAGACCGAAGCGACGACAGAGUCUGUCGAUGAGUCUUCGCUGGCAUUCGCACCAGAGUUUAAUGCUAGCGAAGAAUUAUCGGAGACUGCCACUCUGGAGUCUGGUGUUCCGGUUACCGACACAAUCGAGUAA